AUGUCUGGUAAACCUCCCAUUCACAGACUGCCACCAUUACCACGUCUUAAAGUUAAGAAACCCAUAAUAAGACAAGAAGCUAACAAAUGUUUGGUGCUUAUGUCGAACCUUCUACAAUGUUGGUCCUCAAACGGACACAUGAAUCCAGUGUGUGAGAAUCUAGCCAAGGAUUUAAAGUAUUGUACUGCUGAAAAUGCAAUGGGUAAGGGAAAUAAAGUGGAAAAGAGUAAUAUCAAUUACCAUGCUGCUAGACUUUACAACAAGGUCGGUGGUAAACCUCAUGAUUGA